UUUUCUCGUGCCAUUAUCGACUUCAAUGUUUUAUAUAAACGCCAUAUUUAAUACAUUAACGAUGGCGUUUUUUCCAAAAACGCUGCACUUUUUGGUUUUCAAUUUCUAAUGUUUUAAUUAAAAUGCUAUAUUUAUCCAAAAAAAUGAGCAAACCUCCCGGUAGAUUUCAUUUUCCCUCGCCAUUCCAUUUCUCAGCAAAAAUCUUCUUUCCUCCCUCAAAUUUUACACUUCCACUCUUCAAAUCUGAUCCUUUAUUCACUCAAAAUUUCUCCUCCCAAGCUUUCCUACUCAUAUUAGUUAGUUCUCAAAAUUUCUCUAAUUAGUUCAAUCCUGGUUUCUCUGAUUUUGAAGCAAAAGCUUGAAUCAAUUCUUGUGCUUCUACUUUGAAUCAAUCCUUUCCAGUAAGUUUCUCCAAUUUCAGUGCUUUAAGCUUCUUAGUGGUUAGGGCUUUGAUUUCACGAUCCACAGUAGCGUAUUCAAAUCCUUGUUUAACCAAUUAAGGAUCUCCUUUAUUGAUCCUUUUCAUUAUUUUUUGAGACUUUGUGCUGCAGUUUUUGUUACUUACUUGAUUAUUUGCUUCAUUUGAUUCUUCAGUAUGUUGAAUUGGUUUUUAAGGUUUUGGAGUUUAAGAGAUGGAAGGAAAUCUAGGAACUUGAAUCUUUAUAUAGUUGUUAGUGUUUUUCUAAAGGAGUUUGGGGGAUGCAGCAACAUCAAGGGAUUCUCAUUGUUCAUAGGAUUCUUUGCUAUGUUUAAUUAAGUUACAAAGUGUCCUUUUAUUUUCAUUUCUCUACAACAUGUUCUUUGUAUUGGUUGAAUUCUAAAAGUUUAUUGUUUAGUUAUUUGAUUUUCAUUGGGAUUUUUGAUUUUUUUUUUUUUUCUUUAUCGCCACACUUAGUUUUCUAUGAAAGAUAGUUGAACACUUGAUAUGUUUGUUUUGUUCCAUGUAUAAAUAAUUUAGAAGAAAGUAAACUUCGUUGAGAUCAGUAAGUAUAAUCUUUUUGGGUUAUUCAAUCAAGUGGUUAAAUUAUGGGUUAAAUUUUGUUAUGAAAGAAAAGAAUUGAUGUAUUCUUGAACCCUUUAUGUUGCACGGUUGGUGAUCUCAUGCAUAAUUUAACCAAAAAUUUUUUAUAAUAGCUGCUUUCUGCUACUAAUAUCACUGUUCAGUGUCACUCCAUUUUGAUUGAAAGAUUCACUCUUAACUAUUUUAUCACUGUUACUAAAUUAGGAUGUGUUCUUUAUGUUUUUAAAAUUUCAUUAAUCUUAAAUCCGAUACUUCUAUCUAUCCAUCUAUCUAGUUUUGCUUUUCUGGUUUUAAAUUGGAAUUUUUUUAACAUUAUUUUGGAUUUUUUUUUUAACAUUAAAUAAAAAUAGAAUGUAAGC